UAAUUCUUUCAAACGCACUCCCUUCAGUUUUCGACUCAGUAAAGUAUUCCGGCUGAGAAAUGCGGGAUCGUGGGAUUUUGUAGUGAAUAACUCCAGUAUUAUUAAUGGAGUUAAAUAACAGUAGAACUCUCUUCGCUAUUUGGAUUUCAUACUUAUAUACCUGGACUGGUGCUGUGCUUUCUCACAAAACGUGAUGAGCCUAACCAUAACAUUCUAGCCAAAGGAUAGGCUUUUUAAAUUGUACUUUUACGAUUGUGUUUAUAUAGAACUAAGCCUAUCCACACACAAAAUGGCGGACUUAGAGGCAGUAUUAGCAGAUGUGAGCUAUCUUAUGGCUAUGGAAAAAAGUAAAUCUACUCCAGCAGCCAGAGCCAGCAAGAAAAUAAUAUUGCCUGAUCCGAGUGUACGUAGUGUAAUGCACAAGCACCUAGAAAAAAUGGGAGAAGUAACGUUCGAUAAAAUAUUCAACCAAAAGUUAGGUUAUUUAUUAUUUAAAGACUUUUGUGAAAACGUCUUUGAAGACCCAGUGCCACAAUUAAGCUUCUUUGAAGAGAUCAAAAGGUACGAGAAGCUGGAAACUGUCGAAGAUAGGAGGCAAGCUGCUCGCGAUAUUUAUGAUAAUUUUAUCAUGAAAGAACUGCUAUCCCAUACUCAUGAUUAUUCCAAAGAAUCAGUUAGCUAUGUACAAAAAUUUUUGAUGAAAAAUGAAGUUCCGGUUAAUUUAUUUCAGCCAUACAUAGAAGAAAUUUUUAGUUUAUUAAGAGGUGACAUAUUUAGUAAGUUUAUUGAAAGUGAAAAAUAUACAAGGUUUUGCCAGUGGAAAAAUUUAGAGCUUAACAUACAAUUAACUAUGAAUGACUUCAGUGUUCAUCGAAUCAUAGGGCGAGGUGGCUUUGGUGAAGUUUAUGGUUGUCGAAAAGCAGAUACAGGCAAAAUGUAUGCUAUGAAAUGCUUAGAUAAAAAAAGAAUAAAAAUGAAACAGGGUGAAACACUAGCGUUAAAUGAAAGAAUAAUGCUGUCACUUGUCAGUACAGGGGAAGACUGUCCAUUUAUUGUGUGUAUGACUUAUGCAUUUCAAACUCCUGAUAAAUUAUGCUUUAUACUGGAUCUAAUGAAUGGUGGUGAUUUGCAUUAUCAUCUCUCUCAGCACGGUGUUUUCACCGAACAGGAGAUGAGGUUCUAUGCAGCUGAAGUAAUUUUAGGUUUAGAACACAUGCACAAAAGAUAUGUUGUAUAUAGAGAUUUAAAGCCUGCUAACAUUCUACUAGAUGAGCAUGGACAUGUUCGCAUUUCCGAUUUAGGAUUAGCCUGUGAUUUUUCAAAAAAGAAGCCUCAUGCUAGUGUGGGAACUCAUGGAUAUAUGGCGCCUGAAGUAUUAUCAAAAGGAACUGCUUAUGACUCUAGUGCCGACUGGUUCUCCUUAGGUUGUAUGUUAUACAAGCUACUUAAAGGUCACAGCCCAUUUAGGCAGCACAAAACAAAAGAUAAGCACGAGAUAGAUAGGAUGACUCUGACCAUGAAUGUGGAAUUGCCUGAUAAUUUUAGUAUUGAACUAAAGAAUCUUUUGGAAGGUCUGCUUCAAAGGGAUGUGGAUAAAAGGCUUGGCUGCAAAGCACAAGGAGCGGAUGAAGUAAAAGACCAUCCUUUCUUCACGGGCAUUGAUUGGCAACUAGUGUACCUGCAAAAAUAUCCCCCGCCUCUCAUUCCCCCGCGAGGAGAAGUGAAUGCAGCUGAUGCAUUUGAUAUUGGCUCAUUUGAUGAAGAAGAUACAAAGGGAAUCAAAUUGACAGAUGCUGAUCAGGAGCUUUACAAAAACUUUCCAGUUGUUAUAUCAGAGAGAUGGCAACAGGAAAUAGCUGAAACUGUAUUUGAAACUAUCAAUCUAGAAGCAGACAAAGUGGAACAAAAAAAGAAAGCCAAAAUGAAAAUGAAGUUUGAUGAUGAAAAAGAAUCUGAUUGUAUCAUUCAUGGUUACAUAAAGAAAUUGGGAGGUCCUUUUGCUUCAGCAUGGCAAACACGUUAUGGUAAACUUUAUCCUAAUCGACUGGAGUUACAUACCGAAUCUAGUAGUGCCAAGCCAGAGCUGAUUUUUAUGGAUCAGAUAGAAGAAGUCGUUCCAGAUUAUGUCAUGGUGAAAGGUGAACAAUGCAUUGUAUUAAAAAUGAAAGGCGACAAAGAAAGAGAUGCAAAAAUUGUCCUUACAAAUCCAGAUGAAAUUGGUCUUAAAGAAUGGCUCACAUCCCUUAAAUCAACGUACAAGAACUCUUUAGAACUUUUGGCUAGUAUGGCUAAGAAAGCUGGUAAAAUAUAUGGUACAGAAACUAAUAAUAGGAAUAAUAUAGUAUCUCGCAAUACUAAUGGCAACUGAUUACUUGUGGAGUUUUCCACAUUCUGGUUGCCAUACGGAUCCAGUGCUCACAAGAUUGUUUUUUAAAAUAAAGUAUUUAUCACAAAAUAGCAUGGAAACAACAAAAAAAUUCAAAUCAAUGAUAAGAAUUGAAGAAAUUGCAUGGCCAACUUCGAUUUUCAGUUUUCCUCACUCUGGUUGUUGGUAGAAGUGAGGUUUCAAAAUGCACGGGUUACUAACUUAUUAAAAAAAAGAAAAGAAACAAAAACAAACAAAAUUUUCCUUCUUCGAUUGCUGCUUCCUCGAUGAAAAGCGAACUGACUUUUCCGAUGUAGAUAGUCAAGAGAAAGAUGAACUUAACCCUUCUCAAACUGUUUAAAACAUUGCCAAGUGUUAAAUCACUAACAUCCCUCCUGGGGUUAGCGUACAUCUGUAAAACUUCAGCUGGUCUGAUAAACCUUUUCUUUCCCCCCCUUCCUGUCUGUGUGAUAACAGAUGUAGCCACAUUUAAUUGUUAGCUGGCCUUCAUCUGGCAUUCACUUCUUUUGUGUUGUGGCAUUCGAAUUCAAGCUCGAUAAAUUAUUUUGUAUAGUUGUAAUGUAAGAGUGUAUGUAGCUGUAUGGUUUGUAUGCUUGCUUUGUAUUGGAACACUUCUCUCUCCCAACUCUUUAUUUUUGUCAACGCAAUUCUGGAAAAGAUGAAGUUUCUCCUCCAGUUUAUCUUCCAUCUUUAAAAAAACCCUCUAUGCAAUGUGUGUUGUUGCUAAAAUAAAAUUAAAAAAAACCCCUUUGUACACAAAUAAGUGAAGUAGCUCUGCACAGAUGUGUGGUGGGCUGUGUUGUUGUUUUGUAGUGGAAGAGGGAGAAAAUAAUCUAUGUUUUGUAAAAGCAUGGAGGAAAUUGUUUCCGCAUGGUUAAUUGCUGUUUAGACUCAUUAGGCUUUUCAAAUUGUAAUUUUCACCUAAGAGUAUAAUUUAUGUAUAUUUAUACCAGUGUGAGUCAAAGUAUUCGAUAUAGUAUAUUCUUGGAAAUAUUAAAAACUGAUUGUGCUUUAUUUAAAAAAUUUUCUUUCUCAGAUAGGUUUUUAGGUACGGUUGAAUACUGUUAUAGCAUGUUUUAGAUCAAAAAAUGGUUAUUUUUCUCUGUUUCUGAUACGAAACGGAAGAGAUUUGAAUUUUAAGUUACGGCUAAUGAAAAUUCAUUUUUUUGAGCUACAAUAUUUUAAUAUGAUCUGAAUUUCUCAUAGAUCUGUAUCAAAAUUUAAUAAAUUGACAAAGAUCCAAUCAAAACAACUGGCUGUCCAUGUUCCGUUCAUGCCUUUCUUACAUCACAAACUGGUUAUUUAAUGUUGUGAAGAUGCAAAGCAUAACAUUCUUGAGUUUGGAAUAGUCCAAAUCAUAUACAUUUACUACGUAGUAUAACUUUAUUGACAAUUUGUGUUUAAAAGUGAUGAAGUCUAUGAUGUGCUAUAACAGAAUUCAGUUGUAAUUGUUUUGCUGUACUAAUUGUCUAUUUAAGUAUUGGUAAUUGUUCAAAACAUUUGAAUUGGUUUAAUAAAUAAUUUUGAUUAGUAAAUUUAUGUCGCAAUAAUUUAAAAAGUUUUAGUAAAAAUUCAACUCCACUUUUAUGUGUAAAGAUAUUAUGCGAUGUUCAAUUGUUAUAUUCCAUUUUAUACAUAUUUUACUCAUUAUGUUCAUAUGUCAUCACUGUAUAUACAUAGAUCAUAUAAAUUUUAUAGUUAAAAUUUUCAUUGUAGUGUAUAUAAUUUCAGUUUUU